CGUUGUCGAGGGUUGAGGGUUGGAGGGAUGAUGUAAUCAAGGCGACCGAUGGAAGCCUCCCUGGACCCCACCCCACCAUUCUGCCUCUUGCCCUCUUGCCCUCUUGCCCUCUUCUCCCGCUCCGCACGUGCCAACACCAAAAAGCGAGCAUCUGACGUCACCCAACCUUUGACUCCUUCUCUCUCUUCUUUAAACACCGCUUUCUUGUCCGCUGCAUCGCCUACCUCUUUUUCUUUCUGUGUUACACUUACACCGCUCACAACUCACAACCAACCAUGGUGAGAGACGAUCUAUACAUCAGCGUCCCCAGCUUCUUCCGCUGCCCCAUAUCCCUCGAUGUCAUGAAAUCCCCAGUCAGCCUCUGCACCGGCGUCACCUACGACCGCUCCAGCAUCCAGCGCUGGCUCGACAACGGAAACAACACGUGUCCCGCCACCAUGCAGAUCCUCCAAACCAAAGACUUCGUUCCCAACCGAACCCUACAGAGCCUCAUCCAGAUCUGGUCCGACUCGCUUCCUCACCCACUCCACUCGCCCGACUCACUCCUCUCCAAGGACCAAGUCCUCCUCGCCAUCUCCCACUUGCAAACUCCUCCUCGCCUCGACUCGCUCGCCAAAAUCGCGCGUUUCGCGCUAGAUUCCGAGGAGAAUCGCGAUUUUCUCGCCAGAACGGAAUGCUUCGUGCCGCUCUUGGUUGGCCUCCUCGAUAAUGUCAAUGGCGGCGUCGAAUUCCUCGAACAGGUGGUGACGGCGUUGGAUUUGGUUGUCGGAAAAAUGGAAGACGGUGAGAGGCUGAAAAACCUGAUGCUCAAGAGGCAGGGCGAGGGACAAAAACAGAGCGUGCUAGAUUCUCUGCUUCUCGUUCUGCAACAAGGCAGCCAGGGCGCCAAGGCCGCGUCCGCUAGGGUUUUGAAAUCCGUGGCCGUGGACGCCGAAUCGAAGCUGUUGAUAGCGGAGAAGGAAGGUUUAGUAUCGGAGUUGCUGAAUCUAAUAGCGCCGGAGAAAGAUCCGGGUCUAAUGGAGAGCUGUUUGUCGUGCUUGGUGGCGAUUUCGACGCCGAAACGGAGCAAGAUGAAGCUGGUGCGAGUGGGAGCGGUGAAGGUGUUGUCGAGGCUUCUUUGGGCUCCGAGCUUGAGCGUUUGGGCGACGGAGAUGGUUCUGAAGGCGGUGGAAACGGUGUCGUCUACGAAGGAAGGGAGGGCGGAGAUAUGCGAGGAGGCGGCGUGCGUGGCGGCGAUAGUGAAGAAGGUUCUGAAGGUGUCGAGCGUGGCGACGGAACACGCGGUGACGACGCUGUGGAGUGUGUGUUAUCUGUUUCGGGAUGAGAAGGCGCAAGAGGCGGUUACGAAGGCUAAUGGAUUGACCAAGAUUCUGCUUCUAAUGCAGAGUAAUUGCUCGCCCCAUGUGCGCCAAAUGUCUGCCGAUUUGCUCAAGAUAUUUCGGGUUAAUUCCAAGUCCUCUCUUUCUUCUUAUCACACCCAAACCACUCAUAUUAUGCCCUUUUGAUCCUCCUACCACUGCCUUUCUAUUUGUAAAUCACACACAAAUUUUUAAUACACAAACCAAUAUUCAUUUCUACA